AUGGCCAUACAUAAGAUGCCACACGGACGUAAGAAAAGAUUCCUAGAACUGGUCAACCUGUGUUUCGACACUGGAUAUUUUGUCUACGAGGGCCAGUUCUACAAGCAGCUCGACGGCACCGCCAUGGGUUCCCCAGCCAGCCAACAAUUCGCCGAACUAGUAAUGAACGAAGCAUUUUACUAUGCCCUGGACAAAUUAGGUUUUGACACCCCACUCCUCAAACUAUUUGUUGUCGACACACUAAUACUAGUUCCUUCCAACAUGGUACAACACACUAUGACAGUCUUCAACUCAUAUCACCCAAAAAUCCAGUUCACUCUCGAAGAAGAAAAAAACAUGUGUAUACCUUUCCUUGACCUGUUAAUAAUUAGAGAAAGACCGAAUUUGAUAACCGACUGGUAUACCAAACCAGUGAGUAUCAACAGAUGCAUCAACUUCUAUAGUAACCAUAGUAUGCAGCAAAAGAACAACAUAAUGAACAACCUCAUAAGGAGGUCAUUAAAUCUCAGCCACACCAGGUUCCACGAGACCAAUUUGGAAAAAGUGAGAGAGAUUCUAACCCAAAACAACUACCCAACAUACAUAAUAAAUAGAGCGAUAAGGGCACACACUCAAAAUAUGACUGACAACGACCACAACACUCCCAACAAUGUGAUCUCAAGGUUCAAGUUCCCGUAUAUACCACACCUAUCCCAUCGUGUUAGCAGACUAUUCAAAAAUCUAAAAAGUGGAUGCGCCUACUACAAUUUAAGUACUACUAAAAGAUUCUUUACCCAACUCAAGCACAAAACACCCAGUACACUUGAAUCUGAAGUAGUAUACAAGAUAGCCUGCCAAAACUGUCACAAGUGCUACGUGGGUCAGACUAAACAAUGCCUGAAGGAAAGGAUAAGACAACAUAAGAGGGACUGUGAAGACGUGGCCAACUACAACAAAACAGCGGUUACACACCACCAGAUGACUACCGGCCACAAGUUUGAUUUUGAUAACGUAGAGAUCCUAGAUAGAGAGAAGAACGGAUACAGAAGGAACAUAAGCGAGAUGAUACAGAUCAGACGCAACAACACCGUAAACCACCGAGAAGACGUUGAACACUUAAGUAUCAUCUACAGCAACUUAAUAGAUGACUAA